AUGCCAGCGAAAAAAAAUGUAGAAAAGAGUUCUGUGUCUCAACAAGAACCACCGAUCUCUCCUGUCGGCUUACACAAAACCAGGAAUAGUAAUACCUGCACAGAGUCUCUUAUUCAGCAGCUCCUUCAAAUAAUUGAGGCCUCUGUUGGCAACAAGGGUAGCACAAACAAGGCCCCGGUGUCAAACGAAGAAGAAUUAAUUUUAGCACUCACAUCUUGUGUAGCGAAUGCCCUCCACAACAACAAUAGUAUACCCACACCAGACGAAGUGCCGCGUACAUACUGGGUGGACCUCGGCCAACAGAUUGAAGUAGAUCGAUGGGUAGACUUUGCACGCUACUGCGCUGCCAAUGGGUUUCGUCCGCUCAAGGCUAAAUACAUAAUGGAGUGUUUGCUGAGUUUCAAACAGCUUGUUGAAAAGGAAAAAUUGCAUCAUGAAGAGGCGAUAGUGACGGGGAAAGAAGAUCUAGCUACUGAAGAACAGUAUUCUCAAACAUUAUCAAGUGUUAGCCAUACGUUGUCAUCAUUACAAAACAGAUUUGACUUGCCUGAACUCCCCACCAAGGACGACGAAAUGAUUAGUACGGCUGCUGAAAUGGGAUCAUUGACGACUCCAUUUUGGAUACAAGUUCAGCAACAGCUAAAAGACUUUGUGAUAAAAGAAAUUGAUUUGGGUUGUAAAUGGGAACGGAUCCAUCAUUCUGCAGACAUGUUUUCUGGCGUUUCAGCACCAGGGGCAGGUCCCAUGUUAAACGUUUCUACACUGCGAUUUGACGACGAUUCUGGGUUUGGCCCUGAGAAGCCCCCAGCAGCGGCAACACUUGUUAAAAGGAAGGGCAAAGGUGAAAAGACGAGCCGCCAACAGCAAUUACUUCAGCAGCAACAGGAACAACUAGAAGAAGAGAAACGACAAAUUGUAGCGACGAUGUCAGCAUCAAUGCCUAGUGAGAACAUUCAUCUCACGCCAGUCGAAAUACCUGAUUUUUUAAACUAUUUAUACAAAGGCUUGUUACAGCAUGCGGCGCUCUAUCAAUAUCUAUCCCAGUAUCCACAGGCUGAAGAGAAGAGUGUAGAGGAAUUGCAAGCAGGAUCAAAUAACUGUUUUCUUCUACCUUUAGAGGAACCCAUGUCCAUUCCGCCAUUGAACCUUUCUAAUGAGAUGUUAUCUACAUAUUCUGCGACAGUGGAGCCGGUUCCAUCAAUUCCCAUCAAAACCGGUCGCACCAACACGAUUGUUACCACACCUAUUAUUAACGCAGCUGCUCCUGCCGCGGAGGUUGCGGUGACGCUCCCGUCUUCGUCAGGAAAAGGACUUGAGGGGGAGUCCCGCGAGAGAGUUUCAGAAUCCCCAUUGUCUGUACUUCAGACUCUGCAAAAGCAGGAAAUCAAUAAACUUGGGGUUAAAUAUCAAGAAGAAAUAGCAAGUGAGGAGCGCCUCGCUCGCGCAGAGCAAAUUGAAAAAGAAAUGACUCUGUUUUUUGAGACGCAUGGAACUCAAAAGGCUGUGGAUGAUAUUUACAUGAGCAUCGAUCAUGAGCUUCGGCAGAAACAGUGGCACAUUCUGCAACGUGUCAAGGCACUUGAAGUUGCUCUCGGCAUCAAUUAG